AUGCUGCGCGACGUGGCAAGUGGCGGCGGCAGCAGCGGGAUGCGGCAGAUGGCCCCGGCGGGAGAAGCGAGCCGCGCCGUGGCUGCCGUUCCCAUAGACGUAUCUGAGGACCAGUCCAGAAAAAAAAUAAUAUCGUUGCUGUCUUCAUACCGAGGGGAGAAGGACAAAUUGAAAAACAGCAUGGGAACAGGAUUGAAAUUGGAGAAAGGGCCGUGUAACAAGUCCGACGAAAUCGAUGCCUUUGUUACGUACAUUGCUGCAAAUGUGAAGAAAUAUUCGCCUGAAACGCAGAAAUCGGUACAGCAUGCCGUGUUUGACGUACUUCUGAAAGCCGAUAAAGGGUUUUAG